AUGGGAAAUACCCAAGCCAAACAUAAUCUUUGGGUCGCUAUAAGUGCAAAUGAUCCUUUAGCAGUUCGAGACUUACUUCUUUUUUAUAGAUAUUUAUAUAAAAAAUUCCUAUUUUUUAAUUAAAAAAUUAUUAAAAAAUAAAUUCUAUAAAAUUUAGUUCAAAAGUAUCCAUUUCUCUUAAACGAGCCAAUUUCUGAUGAUGGCAAAACAAAUGCAGUUACAAGAGCUGCGUAUCUAAAUAGACCUCACAUAUUAGCAGAAUUAGUAUCUCUAGGUGUAGACUUAAAUAGCACCACAUCUACCAAAAUUUCAGCCUUAAUGUGGGCAGCUACCAAAGGGCACUUAGAUUCUCUCAAAUUUCUGCUUGAAUAUGGAACUGAUCCUACACAAACUGACCCUCAUGGACUUAAUGCCCUAGAUUUUGCCGUUUUAUAUGGCAGAUAUAAUGCUGCUUAUUUUCUUUACUCCAAAGGAAUAAGGUGUAAUAAAACAGCUGAGGAUUUCCAGCAGCUUAAAGAAGAGCUGCAGACCCUUUGGGUAGACUAUUCAGGACUUAUGGUAUCAUUAACCUGCAAUAUCCCGCCAGAGGUCGCUCCACCUUUUACAGUGCCUCCACCUAAGAAAGAGCCAGUAUUUAUUGACCCUGUAUCAGAUCCUAAUGAGACGUGAAAAAACUGGGCUAAGAGAAUAAUUGACUUUGAGGAGCCGCCAUUGGUAGAAAGAAAUUCUUUACCUUAUGAGCUGCAGCCUCAGAAUAUAGGAUUUCCCCUAGAUAGCCCUUACAGGGCUGCGGAUUCUGUCGGAAUCCUUUGAUUGGUGGAACCAACUCAGUACACUAAUCGGACCAAUUCACUUGUUGGUUCCACCAACCAAAGGAUUCCGGACCCUGCAAGGGCUAUCUAGGGGAAGUCCUUAUACCAAGAUUGGGAGACUUAAAAUAUUAUUGAGGAUGGAAACUGACAAGCCUGAAGGAAUUGAGAAUGAAUUUUCUGAGAUUUCAGAAAGCAGGAUAUCAAGCGCAGAUAGUGAAGCAAGAAAAGACUUAAAAAUGGUAUAA